AUGGAGAACAGCAGUAGCCGAAGUCGUUCCCGUCGAUAUCCGGCUAGCGUAAUAAAACGUUCUCCAUCUCCUAAUUUGUUCUUAAAUAGGAACGAUGACCGAGUUUCAGUACCACCUAAUUUACCUCCAUUAACACCCAAUAAUACCACCAACAAGAUCAAUUAUAAAACCCGAAAUUCUGUUGCAGAUGAUAAAGCAAUUGAGAUGGCAAAGAUACGGAGAGCAAAAUCUGUUUCCAAGAACUGUCCAUCUGCUUGGGCCUUAUAUCCGGGAAGAUCCUCGCCAUCCUCAUCUACAGCUUCGGCGGUAUUGCUCAAGUCUCCAAAUAAUAUUUCUGAACCUGCUAAUCCUAAUCGUAAGAAGAUGGUCACAAAAUCAUCAUCAUGUGGUAGUGAUACUGAUGGCGGAGGACAUCGCGGGAGUACCGGAGGAGUUUUUAGGUACUUUCGUAAGGUGUCGUGUGCCAAAGAAGAAGGCUCUCAUAGGCUAAGGAUUUUUCAUACGAGACUGGUACAAUGGAGAUUGGUAAAUGCUUGUGCUGAGAUGUUGAUGGCCAAACGAAAUUCUAUUGCAGUGAUGAAGUUGUUCAAUGUUUGGUUGAGGAUAUAUCAAAUGAGGAAACUUAUGGUAGAGAAGAGAAUUCAAGUAGAAAAGCCAAGGCAGGAAGUCAAGCUGCUUCAAAUUAUUAAUCCUCAACUCAAUCUGCUCAAUAAAUGGUCAAAAAUAGAAAAAAAAAAUUCAGAAGCCUUAACAACAUUAGCAGGAAAUUUGUCAUCGUUAUCCAUCAGAGUACCUUUAAUAAAUGGUCGGGAUGGGAAAGUGCACACCCACCCUUCCAUGUGGCUCCGUCCCUAGAUUGCAAUCAAUGUAGUCAAUUUCGGCCGGGAUGGCCGAAAUCUCGCCGGAAAUUUCGGUUUCUGCUCUCAAGGUAGCGGAAUGUCUAAUUCCGCCUAGACGGAAUUUGGCCGGAAUCAAUUGGAAGUUUUGGUCGAAUCUCAGGUGACUCUGCCGGAGUUAGCUGGAAUUGAUCGGAAACUUGGUUGAA